GUAGUAAUUACAUGGAUCCUGGUUUGUAUUGAAUGUGUUAUUGUGGGUGUUGGUGUGAUGGAAGAGAUGCCGCACGCUGGCUUCGAUCCGCACUAUCAUCCACGUCGAAUGGUACUGGUGUGCUCAACCACAACAUUUGCCUUCUUGACGCCCUUUCUCUGGAAUCUAUUUUUGAUAUCGCUUUGCACACUGUACGCCGUCAAAACGAGGAAUUUGCCGGAGAAUUUUAAUGAAGCAAAAUUUAUUGGUUUUACUAUGUACUGUACUUUGGUGGUUUGGUCAGCUUUUAUCGUUCUUCACUUAGGAACGACAAACAAAGCAUUAACAAUGAGUUUUUCAUUCAGUCUUUCUGCCAGCAUUGCUCUUGUACUGCUCUUCUUUCCCAAACUGUACAUUAUACUACUUCAUCCUGAAAAAAAUGUUCGAGCGAGUUAUGCUACCACAAAACUGCUUCGCUGUCAUUUCGGAAAUUCGCAAACAACGGAGGGCAGCAAACAGAUGUCCGUUUCGAAGUCCAGAGUUAGCCAACAAUCCUUUUCAAGGAGUAGCCUUGGAUCCUCAGUGAAACAUGGCUACGCAACACGAACAGCAUCAGUGCAUACCAGCCAGAGCCCGUCGCAGGAUGCAUCAACUCAAACCGAUUCUACCUCAGGGUCUUCUAAAGUUGGUCGAACAUUUUCAAUAAUGAGCGGUGCAUAUCCCAGCCGACGUGGCAUCAAGCAGUUACAGCUAGAUGACGAUGUACGACAGCUUAUUGACUCCUGUCGACGAUAUCAGGAUGAACGGAUGCAAGGUCCUGCGAAGAAUUUAUUGCUUGAGGAAAGUGAAGAUGUAGGGUGCCUAAUUGUUGAUUCGAUCGAAAACUCGAUGCGAACAGUCCUUAGUACAGUGUCUGCGCGAGCACUGCCUUCGCCAUCGGUAUCAUCCACGGCAAACGCCGACGACAACCAGUUCGAACAACUUCUAAAAAGCCGUGGAAUGCAACCAUUACAGCUGACAAGUGCGACGCCGUUGUGA